AUGUUGAUUGUGAUUUGUUUAUGCGUCGUAUUGCGAAGUACAAAUUGUCAAACGCAUAGGCCCAACAACUUCUACCGCGGAUACCCCGAAGUGCAACAAAAUCCAUCAGUUGGUAAACCAUACGGUACUGACAACGUAAAAAAUCAUGGAGGUAGUAGUUAUUAUCCGUUACUAGAUGUAAGUGACAACGACAACAAAAAAUGGCAAACCCUCGAGUCAUCAGUGCACCAUCAUGGUGACGGAUCUAAUGCAGCACCUGCAGCACCAGGGCUAACCGACAUAACCGCAGUCACAGUUAAAAGUGGUAGUCCGGUCGUUGUCAGCGGUGGUAGCUUGGUGAUUAGACCGUCAGCCGGAGGUUUCGUCGUGGACGGCGGUGGUGGUAUAGGGAUGUUAGGCGAACCGGAAGCGGCCGGAAUACAACUGAAACAGCCGUUAUCUGUCGGGCCGUACGACUUGGCUAGCGAUGAAGUGUUGCACUAUGGCUCAUCACCUCUACAGCAUCAUCAGCAAUUCGGAUAUCCGUUUUUCCACGUUUCCGGGCUGCUGCAGCGGCUGUUGUUCGGCAAGGCGAUAUUCGGACCAUCACCGUUGGACGGAUACUCGCCGUUGUGCAGCCGGUUGACGGCGGUCAGCCGAUUCCUUUUGAACAGGGUGUUUGAGCCGUUAUUCGCCACCGGAUUCUUCAUGGCUGCAUCGUAUCUAUUCCGAACGUCAGUGUUGCCCAGGAUAGCGCAUUACAUUCAUGUGUACACCAUGCUGAAAGACCAUGUGGAUGACGGCCGGUUCGUGAACGGUCGUCAGAUAUCAGGAUAUUUAGACAUCCUGACUGCGGCAGUGAACGACGCGGUUAACGACGACAGACCGUGUUUACGGAGAAUUGCCUGCGAGGCCGGACUUCAAGUGGCCAGGAGUCCUGUAGCUCGUUCUGUUCGAAGCAUGGUCAAAACAAUUAUGUCAGAACAUGAAUUUAUGCACAUUUUCAAAGAAUCAUUAACUGGGUCUGUUUUUGAUUGUAGUCAAUAUAUGUGUAAAAAUUAUGGGGGUCGCAGCCUCCUCAUCCACUCCACUGGCUUGGAUCAUUCCAAUCUCACAUUUAUUUUUCAAGUUCUCAACUCGCAUCCAUAA